AUGACCCCACAGCUCACUUUGCAACACCGUAUGUGUGCGUACCGCUACGUGCACAAGAUGAACAACACCUUUGGCAAGAAGGUGAUGGCUUUUGCCCCUCCAGAAGGUGAUUGGGCCCGCUUUGAAAAUGUGGAUCCAACCAUUGAGGACGAGCUGGAAGAGAGUGACAUCCAGCGCGGACAGGACCUGGUGAGAAACUCUUCCCAAAGGUUCAACAAAGUGAACGGUGACCAGUCAGACAAACAGGAGCUGCCAAGCAGGUUAAAGGAUCCAGACGAAGCAGCCAAGAUGAUCCAUGGCAUGAGGACUUCAAUCAGUCGCAGGGUGGUUCUGAGAGCUGGCGAAACUCUUGACCUCAAGGAACUUCGCGAGCUCUCUCUGGAUAUUGUCACAAAUGCCAUAGAGACUGCUGGCUUAGAUCAGGUCAUAGGCAUCCAGAGCUGGGUUCGGCAGACGGCAAGUGAGUUGGCACAGGCUGCCGCAGAAAAGUUUGAUGUCAAGAUACGCGAGAAAUAA